AUCGCUCGUUCCUCCCGCGUAUAUCUAGUCUCGAGAAGUCCAGCUUCAUAGGUUACAGCCUGUCGCGGCCAUUGACCGGCCUGCCCCACUUCCCUCCUCUCCCCUUUCGCAUUCCCCCUCUCAACUCGCAUCAUGGCGCCCCCGCGGCAGCGCACGACCGCCGUCCACGAUGACUCUCGCUCGGAAGCUUCCAGCACCGCGCGUGAACACAAGACAGCCUCCAAGGGUCGCAAGACGGCCAAUGCCCCUGCCGCCGGUGUCUCGCGAGCUGAAGCCAAAGCCGCUGCUAAUGUGACCAGCGCCCCCGCUGUCGAAGACAACCUGCCCAAGAUCGACUGGAACGAAAUGCCCCUCAGCAUGCUCCACUCCUACCGCCACUCCUACAAACUCUCCUGCCCCAGCGCCUACCCCAGCGAAUACUCCCAGCUUCUCCUAUCCAAGGGAAUCGGCCUCCGAUCACCAACCGCCAUCGCCGCCCAACGCGCCCACCAAGCGAAACAAGACCCGCAAACCAACGGCGUGAACGGAGCCGACAAUGCCGGCGUAGCGCCGAAGAACGCCCCCAAUGGCAUCGCCAGCAGCAGAGAUCCCACCCACGGACAGAGAACAGUAGAUGGGAAGAGCGCCCUGCACCGCAUCAUCGCGCAGGACCGCGUCAGCAAGAAGCAGCUUGCGACGGCGGCGCGGAAACACUUCAAUAAUGCCGCGUUGGCGGAGCAGGAGGCUAUCGCGCGGUUUCUGUAUAAGGUGCGCGAGGAAGGGAGGGGGAGGCAGUUUCGGUUGAGGUUUCAGCCUUAA